CGGAGUGUUGACAGCGGAGUUUGCGGGGUAUUGGUAGCCCGACCCCCUUUAACGAGGUCCCAUGUGGUGGUGGAUACUAGCGCCGGCAGCGAAUUGUCCCACCCGGGUGAAUUUCUCCGUUAUCACUUUGCCAUCAGUGAACUUUGCCGCUCUGAACUUUGAGGCGUAUUAUGGAUCACGAUGUGGAUUUGGGAAUAAGAAGAGUUCCAAGACGGGUUACUUAAAUCAUGACAUAGGUAUCGGUCUGCUUUCUCCCGUGUCCAGCCUGGCUCGACUCUGCAUAGCUUGCGAUAGAAUAAACUUCUUCUCUAACGUACUCUCGCUCAUUUUAGGCAUCACGGCUAUUACAACGAUGACUGAAUUACAGAUUCACCGCAAUUAUGGCCCUCUUGCCGCUGGGAAUAAACUCUCACAAUUCCAUGAAGUCCCGUCAACACACAGCACGGCCAGCACAGUCUCCAUCUCACAGGUCCCAAAAGCCGAGGACGUAGCUUCCAUUCUUUUGAAUACUAGCCAACCCAAGGACGGGGAACUACAGCAACUUUUCGCAGAAAACAUAGCAGCAAAACUAUGGCGUGUUGCACAACGAGACCUGAAGGAUAACGAUCCUCCAACUGCUUACCCUGAGAUUGUCCCUCAAGAGGGCUCGCAGCAGGGCCGCUAUGAGCUCCGUGAAGCAAGUUUCUGGACCUGUGGAUUUUUCCCUGGCUCGCUAUAUACACUAUUGGAGCGAGAAACUCGGUAUCCAGGCUCGCAGGGAUAUCCGCUGCCCCGGAAGACUCUCCUCGCUCUAUGCCGAGCAUGGGCGGAGCCUCUCCAUGCAAUGGCCACAAGGACCGACACACACGACAUUGGGUUUAUUGUCGAGCCUGCCCUGCGGCUUGACUGGGAGCUUACGGGUAAUCGACGCAGUCUGCAGUCUAUCGUUACUGCUGCGUACAGUCUGGCCACACGAUAUGUGGCGCCAUCAGGGGCUAUUCGCAGCUGGGACUUGAUCCGCAAGAAGGACGUGAGCAUUAUCUCCAUGGAAGAGAACAAUAUCGUCAUCAUAGAUAGUCUAUGCAACUUAGACCUGCUAUUCUACGCUUCAGCAUAUACUAAAGACACCACUCUGGCGACAAUCGCCCGCACGCAUGCCCAUACCAUGCUAACAUCCCACCUCCGCCUUGAAUCUGGCAUCGCAGCAUCAAUAACAGGAUACUCUGGGCCUAUUUACUCGACCUGCCACGUCGCCAAUAUCGAUCCGAAAACUGGUGCUAUAAAGCAACGCCUCACGGCCCAAGGCUAUGCCACGGAUUCAACCUGGGCGCGAGGUCAGGCAUGGGCUAUUUUGGGUUAUGCACAGACGUAUAUGUGGACCAAAGAGCGCAUAUUUCUCGAUGCUGCGUGUGGAUUGACCGAGUACUUUUUGCGGCGUCUAGGUCCCGGAUACAAUGUCCCCCCCUGGGACUUUGAUGCGCCAGUUGAGAAUCCAGAGAAGCCCGUCUUUGACUCCUCAGCAAGUUCUAUUGCAGCCAAUGGCAUGAUGAUCUUGUCCGAAGCUCUCGUGGCGGAUGGGCAGCUUGCCAUUGCAGAAAAUUUCCGUAUUGCAGCGAUUGAUGUGGUAAAGGGGCUCCUCCGGGGCGCACUUGCUGAGGAAAAGGCGAGGUUCGUUGUUGACGGUUCACAAAAAGGGUCAGAGAACGACACGCUAGAGAUAGAAGACGUCCUGGCUGGAAGCACUUUCGAUGGCAUACUUAAGAACGGAACAGCGAACAAUAACGUGGGCGCAAAUCGCAGGUACGCAAACCAUGGUUUGGUUUAUGGGGAUUAUUAUCUGCUUCAGUUUGGCAAUCGACUUCUUCGGAUGGGGUUGAUAUGAUAUACACAUGGGAUAUAGAGCGCAUUGGCAUUUUCAUUCAUUGUAAAUUUGCUAGAAUAGCGGGGCUGCAAACACAUUGGUUGGGAUUGCCCUGAAGUUGAACAUUUACUUAGAACUAUAGAUACACUGAAUCAUCAUCAACAAUUGAC